CCCAAGGUUUCUAUGGUACAAAAGUAAGAUGGAGGAUCUUGCAGUUGAAGUAUGCGGCGAGAAUGGGGCCUAUUAUAAGGCCUUCGUUACAGACAUUUUCGAUGAGGAAGUAUCCGUUGCGUUUGAGAAAGAUUGGCAGCCAGAAUCAAAAUUUCCAUUCUCGCAAGUACGGCUUCCACCUGAUGACUCCACAAGCAAAUCAGAUUUCACUGAAAACCAGGAAAUUGAAGUAUUUUCGAGGGCCAAUGAUCAGGAAGCGUGUGGUUGGUGGAAAGCAAUUAUAAAGAUGAUUAAAGGUGACUUCCAUGUAGUGGAGUAUCUUGGCUGGGAGAGUACCUAUACGGAAAUAGUGGGCAGUGAAAGACUAAGGCCGAAAAACCCAAAUCCUCCUAUCAGUAAAAGUACUUUCCAUAAGUUCGAAAUUGAAGUACCUGAAGAACUAAGGGAGUAUGCAAAAAUGGACUCUGCACAUAAAGAGUUCCAGAGGGCUAUUGAGGCUGCUAUUUGUCGGUAUGUUCCUGAGCGAGGGGUUCUUAGUGUUAUUUCUCGAAGUGAACAAUCAAAGAAAAGAUCUCAGAUGCUUCAAGAAAUGCAUUUUCGGAACCUCACACAGAAGGUUCUCUUGCUCAAACGCACCGAAGAAGCAGCUAGGCAACUAGAGUCUACGAAGCUGCAGAAUGUUGGGGGCAGAUUUAGGUCUUCAAACUUUAAUUAUCAGCGUGUCUCAAACUAUGAGGCAGGGCUGAGAGCAAAUUCAAGGUACACAGAUGAAUUCAGUGUGCGGGAGGAUUUGAUGGGCUUAGCAAUUGGUGCACAUGGGGCUAAUAUUCAGCAGGCACGGAAAGUUGAAGGCAUAACGAAUAUUGAACUUGAAGAAAAUUCCUGUACGUUCAAAAUACAUGGCGAGACCGCUGAAUCGGUAAAAAAGGCUCGAAGCAUGUUGGAGUACAGUGAAGAAUCUAUUCAAGUUCCUCGAGUGUUGGUGGGGAAAGUCAUUGGAAAGAAUGGCAGGAUCAUUCAGGAAAUUGUGGACAAAAGUGGUGUGGUUAGAGUCAAAAUAGAGGGAGAUAACGAACCACAGCCAACAAUCCCUCGUGAAGAAGGUCAAGUUCCUUUCGUUUUUGUAGGAACUGUAGAAAGUAUAGCCAAUGCAAAGGUGCUGUUGGAAUAUCACUUAGCACACCUAAAGGAAGUGGAAGCAUUAAGGCAAGAAAAGUUGGAAAUUGAUCAACAGCUACGAAGUAUACAUGGUACUACAAUGGGCUCAAUGCAGAACUUCCCUAUUCAGAGGCGCAACGACAGGGGCUACAAUUCAGACAUGGAUGGUGGGAGCAGUCGGGGCCGUGGUGGGCCAGCAAGAGGUCGUGGCAGAGGACGCGGAGGUGGUGGUGGUGCUCGACACAAUGAUGCAAGAUUUAAUUCGGGUUCAAGGCAUGCAACCCCAGAUACAGCUGAUGAGCGAGUUCGUGACUUACCACCCCGUCAGCAGCAUCAGUACAUGUCAUCUGCAGCAGGAAGUGGUUCACGUCAACCUGUUUCCAAUCAAGUGAUUCAGGGACAGCAGUCUGGAGGAGGUGCUCCACUUCCUGUUAGUGGUCGGCAAUCCCAGCGCAGGGAGAACCGCCGCGAUGAACGUCGACGUACCACUGAUGAUGAAGAGACAGUUCUUGACAGUCAAGAUGUGUCUAGUGUGGAUCAUGAGUCAGUGUCGAGCGUCGAGGGCUCCAGAACUCGCCGCCGCAGAAGACACAGGCGCAGGAUACGUCAGCGUAGCCAGACACCUUCUGGAGAGAACAUUAACACCAGUAGCACUGAAGGAACUGGCAUAGUUCCAGUCACGAAUGACCCUCAGUUUACUGCUAAAGAGGAGCCACAAAACAAUGAAGGACCUCCAAAGGGACAGCGUGAACCAAAGUCUCGUAAUCAGAGACCCCCACCCUCAAAACGCAACGAGGGUAAACCAAAAGAAGCUUUGGUGAAUGGUACUUCUGCUUAGAAGUGUGUGUAUUGGAUAUGCCACGCACAAUGGCCUCGAUGAACCAGCGUUAUUCUGAACGUAGUUUUGAAGUAUUUACAGGAAUGCAAGGCAACGGAAUAAGUGAUUUAGCUUGCAGGAGUGCCAAGGUGUCAGUUUAUUGAUGACAAUUAAACUGACAUUAUGCCUACAUCUUAUACAAUGAGCAGCUUGCAGCAACUUUUCGAAAGGAUGUACUUACAUAACUUCCAGUCAGCUCCACUCCAUAAAGUACAUUAUGGAAAAGUAUAAUGUUUGAACAUAUUAAGAAUUAAACGAUAAAUUUGAACUACAUGUGGAUUGUAGCAUUUAAAAUUCAAAACAUUCUGUUUUCGUAGGAUAACUGAGUGCCCUGUUUUGCUUUUUCUUCUUUGUAAGAAGUUAACACAUGAGAGGAUACAUAAAUUCACUCCCAUGUAUGCUACAGUGGAGUGUUUACUGAAUCAGAAUGUGGCUUACUCAGAGCUUCUCAGCCUCAAUUUUCCGUCUUUGUUUUAGCGUUGAGUCCAUUUGUCUUUCACAUUGAACUUUACCUCUAUGUAGAACUAUUUCAAAUAGGUUUAUUCUUUUUCUUUCUUUUUUUUUUAAAUAAAAUGUGUGAGUUAAUACCUAUUGGAUGGCAGCUGCAUUCUUACAUGUAGCUGCAGAUAAUCUACACUAUUUAUUGUCUCCUUUUGUUGCCUACUGUAACUAUAAUUUAUUUUCUGUCCAACAAUGUUUAGUUUUAACUGCACGGCUUAGUACAGUGUUGUCUUGUAGCAAAGAAAAAAAAAUGAUUUGAAUCUGAAAAGCAAUAAAAUUUAAGAAUUUGUGUUCUCA